CACACUUGCCUUCACUGACAAUGUCCAGCGAUUCAUUCAGAUAGUGUCAUAAGCGACCUGUUGUAUGAAUGACAGUUGCAAAGGACUCACUCUAUUACAAGGAAAAACUGGUAUUAAAUUAUGGGAAAUUCAGUGAUGCCAUCAAGGACAACAUUCUCGGUGGUCCUGAACUCAGUGGUGCUGACAUGUAUUCUGCUGUUAUUUCCCAUUGAAGCUCCUACAUCAACGACACUGUGUAACGAGUGUGACGGUAACAACGUUACCUGUGAAAAUGGCGUGUGUCUACUACGUUGCGUCCGUUUGACGUCAUCUGGAGAGUGUCUCCAGUGUCUUGACUCCAGGUUCUAUGGUAAACAGUGUGAACAUGACUGUCCAGACACCUGUCUCAACUCUCGCUGUCUGAUGAACAACACCCGUGUUGUGUGUACAGAGGGAUGUGUGGCCGGCAAGAAGGGAGAUAACUGUGCCUCUUCUUGUCCUUCGUCCUGCUCACAAUGUGAACAGACAGGAGAUGCCUGUAUUGGACCAUGUCAAAACGACCAGUAUUACGGUUCACAAUGUGAAACUCCCUGUCCUGAUAACUGUUUGGAUGGCUGUAGGAAUGACACGGGGAGCUGCAAAAGCUGCGUGGACGGUUACACAGGAGAGUACUGUAAUGGAUGUGUGGUGGGCUACAGUGGGGGGUACUGUAACAUUGCUUGUCCCCCACACUGCCUGGACGUAUGUGAUAAAGACAAGGGUGAGUGUGGCAGCUGUGUGACAGGUUACACAGGGACGUUCUGUAAUGAAACCUGUCCCUCCAACUGUACUCCGUGUGAGCAACGUAAUGGGCAGUGCAUUGGACCAUGCCCCGACAGCCUGUACUACGGCCCUUUCUGUUCUAUACAAUGCCCUACAAGUUGUGCGGGAUGCGACAAGACGACAGGGAGAUGCAUUCUCUGUGCCGAUGGCUACACACAGUGUACGGACGGUCUCUGUCAGAAGGGUGACUGUGACUCAGGUAACACGAUUUUGACUCUGAAAGUGACAGCUGGAGUGCUGGCGAUGGCUGUGUUGCUUGGAACGAUCUUGGCGGUGGUCAUUCUGGUCAGACGCAGGAGCAAAUGCCAACACGGUGAGAUGUCUCCCCGUCAAGACAUUCCACAGGACCUUGGUCAGAGUGACAGCAAUGAAUACUGGGCCCACAAAUACUGGGAAAUACAUGACAAGGAAUCUGGCUCUGAAUCUGGGUCAAACAUCUCACCUGUGCUCCCGUUACCCUAUAGACGAUCUGAACAAGCCAAGGAUAUCCCCCUAGGAAAUGUCACAGUAAGGAAACCAAUGCCGUAUAAUACUGACGUGUCACCGGCGGCUGUGGUACACCAGGAUGGACAUGAUUCGACUUAUGAACCAUUUGUUGUGGAAUCGCCACAGUCGGACGUGGUGGACAGUGUCGUGGCUGGUGCAGCAGAGGAGGACAUCAUGGGUACGACACUCAGUAACUCUGGUCCUCGGACAAAUCAGGAAGGGGGCGGAGUCAUGAAGAAUCCCAUCCAACCUCAUAUUCAGCACCUUAUCAGAAAGACGGAAUCUAUAAUAGCUAUUGAACAACAUCUUGAUUUAGCAAAUAUCAAUGUCAAAUAUCUUACACCUGAUAAAGUUAACACCAGUUCAAAUACAUUAUAAUUGCGUCAAAAGGAUCGUGGAAUCAUUUUAGAUGUUCUUUCAUAAUAUGCUUGUUUUGAGUAUAUUCAUACGUUGCAAUAAAUCUUUGUCAA